UCUGAUUGGCUCUUCUCUCACACCCCGCCCCCGCGGCCGCCAAUUGGGUCAUCAGUUAUGGUUUAAACCGCGGUGCAGCCUCGAGGGCUGCAGCUUCUGAGUUUGGCUGUUGGAGCUCGAGCCGGUGACCGACCUACACGCCUUGCCCGCAGUGCAACCCAGGAUGGCGACUCGAAUCUUUGUGGAUCAGGAAAACGGAGAGCCUGGCGCCCGCGGGGGCCCAAAGGAGGCGCUGAAGCUGGGGGCCGGGCCCGUCAAAGCCUUAGAUGGGCGGUCUCAGGUUUCGACACUGCCUGUAGGCAAGAUGUUCGGUGCUCCACCACCCUUGCCUAAAACGGGCCGGAAGGCUUUGGGAACUGUCAACAGAGCUACGGAAAAAUCAGGAAAGAGUAAUGGACCGCUCAGACAAAAACCGAACUUCUCUGCCAAAAAGGUCACGGAGAAGACCGUCAAAGCACAAAGCUCUGUUCCUGCGUCUGACGACACCUAUCCAGAAAUAGAAAAAUUCUUUCCCUUCAAUCCUCUAGACUUUGAGAGCUUCGACCUGCCUGAGGAGCACCAGAUCGCACAGCUGCCCUUGAGCGGAGUGCCUCUCAUGGUGCUCGAGGAGGAGGAGGAGGAGAGAGGGCUGGAGAGGCUGCUGCAGCUGGGCCCCCCUUCCCCGGUCAAGAUGUCCUCCCCAUGGGAAGCUGAACCUUUGCAGUCUCCUUCAAGCCUUCUUUCCAUCCUGGAUGUUGAAUUACCACCUGCGUGUCAUGACAUGGAUUUUAGGUUUCUUAGUGGUUUAUAG